AUGUCUUAUCAGAACCCAGGUACUUUUGCUCCGUAUACACCACCACCUGACGAAACUCCAAAAUCACAACGGGCGUCUGUCCGCUACGCUCCUAUCCCUCACAGCUCCGCAGCUGCGUCUACUUCAGCAAGUGUGCAAAGCAGUAACCCUUUUGCCGGAGUAUAUCAGACAACACACGGUCUUCCAGAGGGAACAAUUAAAGUUAACAAAUAUGAAACUACAUUAGGACUAAGAGUUGAUGUGGAAGCAGCAUGUGCUUACCUAUUGGGAUGUGUGACCGGUGUAUUGUUCUUGAUUAUGGAAACAAAGAAUGACUAUGUGCGAUUUCAUGCGUGGCAGUCGUCUCUUCUUUUUGCUACGGUCUUUUUUGCCCAUUUAAUCUUUUUGUUUCUUUCAUCCUUCAUCAGUUGGAUGCUUCUAUUCAUCGAAGUAGGCCUUAUCGGUUAUUUAUCAUAUCGUGCAUACAUUGAUGGAGCUAGCCUGGAAAGAUAUUUAUUUCCGUUCUUUGGUCCUAUAGCCAGUCGUUGGGUAGACUCGGAGUAA